UAUCUCUGAUUAAUCUAUCCAAUAUGUUUCUUAUAAAUCCAUACCUACAUUGUAACAGAAAAGGAUUCAUUUCCCUAGCCUAUACACAAAGGUGCUCCAUAUACUUAAGCACCACCUCCUUAAAUUAAAGGAAGCUCAGGAAGUUCAGGCACAUGGAGAAACAAGAGCCAGUUCAAAGUGGUAAACUUAUAGGAAAAGUUCAGAAAGAACCAAACAAUCAACAAGCCAGUACUAGUAUUGCUGCUCUUACAGGCACAACAAGACUUAAAGAAGCACAAGACAUUCCUAUGCCCCAAUUUCCAGCUAGCAUUGAAGGCAAAGAAACUAGCCUGAUCUACCUCACAGUUCCUUUGCAGGAAAGUUACGCAAGCAAUGAUAAAAGCAAGUGGAUUCUUCCAAAAUAUCAUUAUGCCUCAAAUACAAUAAGCAAUGAGACAAUGAAUCAAGAUAUCAACUACCUGGCAGACAGCACUCACAGCAGUCCAAAGUUAAACAAAUUUAUGCCACAAAGGUACAAAAAUUAGAAGACAUUACACCUAACAUUGUAAUCCAUUAGACUAUUAAACAAUAUUCAAUUUGUGUUUGUAAUCAUCUACCAAUUAUUGUAUGUAUAUACACAAUUUACAUCAUUUCUGUACCAGCUUCCAAAACUGAUUUUAAUAAUUUCUUCAAAAAUACAAUAGGCAUUAAUUGGCAAUUUUGUAAGCAUGUGUCCAAUAAAUGUGAAGCUCUCCUCGAAUCACCGAUUGCAGGAUUAAUUCUUCAAUUAGAAGCACUCAGUAAUACAGGCGUAUGGAUAUGUCCUUAACAGGUAUAGAAUGUCAGCUUGCAGCAUCAUACAUUGAAUAUCAAAUUUCAAAGCAAAUAAAAAACAAAGGAAAUCAGCUGAUUGCAUUUUAUAAACUGUAAACGUAUACCGGUACAUAGCUGAAACAAAAGAUUAGCUAUAAUCACAUAAAUUUACAUAUUAAUAUAACAAAUUAUAGUUACUAAACCAUAGGAAUGCAACACUAAUUUAUGCACAACGCACAAUGAUCCUUCCUAAACUCCUCCCAUUCUUUUAUUUCUUUUUUGCUUGCUCAUGGUGACAGUCCUCACUCAGGUAAAGAGACUAAAACUGAAAGCCUGAAAAAAAACUGGUAUGGAAGCUCUACUGGCAGUGCUAAUAGUCGUGGCUAUAAUGGUCCUCCUAAUAAUAGCUAUUGGACUCAUUGUUUUGAUAUACAUCGUUGUGGAUAUGUAUAAGCGUUCUAAAAAUACCUCGACAACUGAUUAUAUUCUUAGAAACCAAGUGCCAGCUGACUCUAUUAAGCAACUGACCAAAACUGUCAUUGAUAAUGUCAACACAACCUUAAAGUGUGGAAUAGAGUCUCAGAAAGGUACUCCAUUACUUCCCUCCUGUUAUCAGACACAACCUAAACUGGCUCAUUAUGAGUAUGACAAUGACGACAGUGGAACCGAUGACGGAUUGUUUGAUGAUGAAGGAUCAAAUAGUACUCUAACCACUACUGUGUCUAAUUUUGAUGAAGUGGUGUCUAAUAAUAUUAAGCCAACAGAUAAAAAUACCUCCCUUCAAAACGAUAAUGAUCUCGAUAUAAUGAAAGCUGAUAAAACUUUGGACCAGUCUUUAAAAGGAAUCUCGUCUCGCAAAAAUGAGAUAACUCAUGAAAAUGAUACUCAAGUAUUAAAACCUAGUACCAGAAAGAAGAAAGAUCACAGAAGCAGAGCCAUACCUCCAUCAGUUGCUCCAUACCCUUCGUCUUCCUUAUUCCCGCCUCCUUCAACCAGUAGUGAUGAGGAGGGAGAUGAGCCUGAUGGAAAAUUUAAAGCAAAAAAGAGAAAAAAGACGAAAUCUGAGCCAAAGUUUCUUCCAAGUGCCCCACAUAUUAAGAUUCCACCAGUUGAUGAUGUACCCUACACGUAUCAGUCACUACCAAAUAAACUCCAUCCACAGUACACUCUCCACAGUAAAGGUAAUCCUAAGGGAUUGGUUUCAGACAAGCCUAAAGUUAAACUGGCUAGUAGACACACUGGCAUCACUCCUCCUUCUCUUCCGCAGUCACUCAAUGAGACACGGCCAAUCCUGCAAAUACCUCCUCAGUGUAGCUUUCCACCAAUGAUAGUUAUUUCAGCUCAACAAGACUCAUCCAGUGGUACAGGGCCUUCAGCUCAACAAGACUCAUCCAGUGGUACAGGGCCUUCAGCUCAACAAGAUUCAUCCAGUGGUACAGGGCCUUCAGCUCAACAAGACUCAUCCAGUGGUACAGGGCCUUCAGCUCAACAAGACUCGUCCAGUGGUACAGGGCCUUCUUCCCCAUUUACAGCUCAGUGUACUGACCCAACCGCUACUAAUAAUUGUACUCAAGUUAUGUUGCCCCCUCCUCUACAUGCCAUGCCCCUGUCUGGAAAUGAAACAUACAUGUACAUGUACAUAUAUCAAUCUCUCCUUCAUCGUGCCUGUCCCCUUCCAUCUCUUGCACUAGCAGAGUCGGUUGUGAGACGAAAUGAAGCUGCCAGUAUUGAUAAUGAUAAUAAUGAGCAAAGGGAGUUGGAUCUGGUCAAGUUUGUACCAAACGGGAUUACACGAGAAACAAUUAAAGACGAGAGUAGCAGUGAUCUUCCAUCCAAUUUCCCAUUACCAGAGUUAUUGCAGUCAUGUGUUCCUGUUCAAUCUACAUGUAGCAGCGUGUGUCAAUCCACUGACAGUACAGCAUGGGAAGCACAACAGCCGAUAGCUACAUCUAAUCUGGAACCUCAACCUCCAACAGCUGAAUUCAUCAUUGCUCCACUAACACUUGGUGUCCUUGGAGAACUGGAGGAUGAAGAGGAGCUGGUGGUACCCCCACAGCAUGAUCCUGUUCAAGAGCCUCCAGCCACUGCUGCUUCUGACUCUGGUGAUGACUGCUAAUUAAUUGUGUGACAUUAUAAGAGUUAGUUACCAGUACCCACAAAUUAACUUAAAGUUUAGCUAGUUUAGGCCAUUGUUUAAUUAUUUAAGCUUGCUGGUGUGUGUUUACAUGUACAUUAGUUAUUUUCUACGUUUUUUUUGUCACCUCUCCCUAAAUGUCAUUAUCUAUAAAGUGUGAUUUCUGUCCCUUAAUUUAAUAUUAGCGAUUAAAAAUUACUUUAUAAUAGCUCAAUGUAGCAAUAUGGUAAGCCAAAAUAAUACAAGAUACUGAGGAGAGGUUAAAACAAAUGUUAUGUAAAUUCAUGAUGCCAUAUUAAUUAAGUUACUAGUUGCCACAGUCAUACUAAUCAUAAGCUCCAAUACAUGCAUGCACAAAC